AUGACUUUGGCUCCUCGUCAAGAGGCGACAAGGAACGGCCUGACCGUACAACAGGCGCUGAAUCCAGCCAAUUACGAUGGAUGGUACGCAGCAAACGGGCGGUGGGUCAAUGGCUCUACGCUUCUGCGUGAUGUGCCGUACACAGAGUUCCGGGCCCGUUUACGCGGCGGCAAAGGUGGGUUCGGAGCCAUGCUGAAAAAAGAAGGCGAGCGGAUGAGCAAAAAGGCCGAGAAUGAGAGCUCGGACGCUUAUCGCAAUCUGAAUGGGCAAUGCGUGGGCACAAUCAACCAAGCACGAGCCAUAGCCAAGCAGCGAUCUGACGCCAAAAAGGCCAAACAGGACCAAAUAAGUCGCAAGCGGGCCAAGCUGAAAGCUGUCCUGAAUCCCAAGGUCGAUCUGAAAGUGGACACUCCCAAAUUUGUUAUUUCCAAACGCAAGCCCAAAAAGAAAGCGUUCAAUGACGUUCUUUAG